AUGUCCCCUAUUGCAGACGCCGAAUGUUAUGGCGCCGAGUGCGUUAGUGCAUCAACUACCGUGGUUGUAGUAGGUGCUGGUCCGUCCGGCUUGAUGCUUGCAAACAACCUCGCGCGCUUUGGGAUCUCUGUUGUAAUCCUCGAUGAUCGCCCCGACAAGACAUCCACGGGAAAAGCAGAUGGAAUGCAGCCCAAGACAAUUGAGACAUUCAAGCAACUUCGUCUCGCGGAUCCAUUAUUGCGAAAUGGCGCAAAAGUGUUCGAUAUUUCAUUCUGGGAAUCAACCACCGACCAACCUAUGCGACGUACUGGUCGCAAACUCCAUUAUCCGGACCAUCUCGUUGGCGCAUCCGAUCCAUACAUUUUGUUAGCACAUCAGGGGAUGGUCGAAGAGGUCAUGAUAGAUGACAUGGAGUCAAGGGGUGUAUUCGUGACUCGCAAUGCUCGCUUCACUUCGUGCUCACCUGUGGACGGGACGGAUCGGCUUCAGAUUCAGUACGAGGAUACUGCAACGAACGCAAUCCGUACAAUCAAGGCAGACUACCUGGUUGGAUGUGAUGGUGCAAGGUCGAAAGUCAGGUCUUUUAUUCCCGAUGCCGAUCUGGAGGGUGAAAUCACCAAUGCUGCAUGGGGUGUGAUGGAUGGCGUGAUUGACACGGACUUCCCCGAUUUAUGGAGCAAGGUGGCCCUCAGAUCUCAUUCCGCUGGAUCUAUCCUAUUGAUUCCGCGGGAGAGAGGCAUGACUCGACUUUAUGUUGAGUUGAGCUCGACCGGGGGAGAACGAGUGGAUAAGGCCAAAGCCACGCCUGAGUAUGUGACACAGCGCGCAAGAGAGGCAAUGCAUCCAUUCAAGCUUGAGUGGAAAUCAGUGGAAUGGUUUGGUACUUAUGUUGUUGGUCAACGGGUGGCGAAGCGUUUUAUGGAUCCAAGCGCCAAGGUGUUUAUUGCGGGUGAUGCCGGGCAUUGUCAUUCGGCUCUUGCUGCUCAAGGUGCCAACACCAGCAUGCAUGACAGCUUCAACCUAGCUUGGAAGCUCAAUUUAGUUGCGAGAGGAUUGGCGAAAUCCUCUUUACUACACACCUAUGAGGAGGAAAGGCAGAAGAUAGCUCAUGAUUUGAUCAAUUUCGAUGUUGAGCACUGUAAAGCUUUUUCGGAAAGAGAAACAGCGCUCGCCAAGAACUUCGACGACAACAUCAGGUUCAUUGCAGGCUUUGGAGCUGAAUAUACCCCCGGAACUCUCACACGUGUCUCAUCCAGCCCAUGCCGCAUUCAGGCUGGAAUGCUACAGCUCCCCGCCAAAGUGACUCGGUACAUUGAUGCCAACCCAGUUGAUAUCCAACUGGAUAUCCCACUGCUGGGGCAGUUCAAGAUAUACAUUUUUGUGCCAGAGCUUCGUUCAUCUCUGAGCGCCUUGAAUGUUUUGUGUGAGCAAGUAGCUGAUGUGCUUGGGGAACUCACUGCUCAUGCGGAUCGAUCAUUUGAGAAGCAUUCUCGUGGUCAUUGUUCUUCGGAUGACUUCCAACAGCCCCAGCGCUACAAUACCGUUUCCAAUAUUUUCACCCUUGCAAUGGUGACAAAGUCUCCGCAAUCUGAGUUCGAGAUUUCGGAGCUGCCGGAGAUGCUUCAGAAGAGUCGAUGGAGUGUAUACCUUGACGAUAUUCAAGCUACCGGCUGUACCGAGAGAUGGUUUGGCAAUUUGGAAGCAGAGAGUAUUGGAAUGGCCAUUGUCCGACCAGAUGGAUAUAUUGGAAUGAUCGAUAGUUGGGACAUGGCAAAGGUGGCAGCUUCGGGAGCUUGGCUUGAUAGUUACUUUUUGUCGUUCAUGGCGUAG